AUGAAAACACAAGAGUUGGCGUCACAUCGGGAGUCUACUAACAAGUCGAAGGAAAGAAUAAAAAACAAGAAACGUCUCGCGACGGGAUUAGAUAAUGUCGCUAGUAGCAAUAGUACAUGUCAUGCAGUCGUAACUUCGUCCAAUCGCCACGACCCUUUGGCGCACAUCAUUCGUCUUUCAAGUAAUCUCAAAGUACCUCGUUCUCCAAAGCGCCAUUUAUGCGACAUGAUCCACGUUGAGCACUACGAAAAUGGUGGUGGUUAUGCUUUGCAUUCUUAUGCUGAUGAGUUAGCUCACCUUACGGCGGAUGAGUUGGCUUUGUUGGCUCGAAAAUAUUUCAAGAUAUUAUUUACCGAAAGACGAAAAAGAGGCAUCCGUGUUCCUUUUUCCCAUUACUGCAUAGGUGUUGUCCAUGGAGCUGCGAGAAGGAUGCCGGAACUGUUGUCAUAUUUGUCAUCUGCCUAUCCUAAUCUCAACGUCUCGACAAAUCCCCUAGAACAGAAAAACGCAACGGAAACUUUAUCUCUUUCACAGUAUGUAAAAAACGUUCAGAAAACUUACGCAAACGGCAUCUAUCGGUUUGGGCCACUGCAUGCAUUGAGUAUUGUUGGUGUUAAAGGUGAGGAACGUGGGUUUUUUGACAAGAGUCUCAUUGAGAUGAUUGAAAAAGACCCAUUCCUAAAACUUGUAACACCAUGGGGUGUCUUAUCAAGUUUAAGUGGGAUGGACCCUCGAGAAAGUAAUGAUGGGCCUAUUCUGUGGUCUCGUCAUGGAGAACAAACUAUUCCUUUAUUUCCAACUACCAUGCGUGGCAGGAGACGUGUUAUCAAUGGUUGUAUUACAGACGUGGUUAUUGGUCGCCGCGCACUUGGUGGGCGUCAGAUAGCGGUUCAUGACAGGACUAAUUGCCAUGCUGACCACGCAGACGAUGGGCUGUCUCGUCAUACUACAGCAGCUGUAGGUUUACUAAAGGCGGUGUAUCCCCAUCGAUCUGGAGAGGAAUCAGAAUUGCCCUAUUCAUCUUCCUGUCCCCUUCAUUUCGAGGAUGCUAAUGGUGAUUUAAAUUCUAACACAAAUCCAUACGCAUACAAACUAAACCAACCUGCUAGAAUAGUCAAAGAUGUGGUUGUAUUUGAUCCACGUCAUUAUGUUGAUCUGAUUGAACGAUUACGCCUAGAUAUUAUGGAACCUCCCGCAAGCCAGUGUGGGUCAUUUUGGGCGGAUGAUGGUGAGCUUAAUCAGCUACAUUCCGAAGGCUUUCGUUAUGUUCGCCUGCCUCUUCGUGAUAAUGAUAUAUAUUUUAUCCCACGAAAUGUUAUACAUCAAUUCAAAUCUGUUUCAGCUGUAUCAAGUAUUGCAUGGCAUGUUCGUUUAAAAAAUUAUUACGACCAAUUACAACAUGAUGAUACAAGCGGGAUGUCUGAACAUAAUGAUUCUGAUCUAAAAAAUCCCGAUCAUGCCUAUCAGUCGUCUGAAUCCAUCAAGUCAACAUCUGAGUUAUCUGUCCCUAACGAUAUAAACACUAACAGUAACUUAAAGAAGUCACCUGAAAGUAUCCAUUCAUCAGCUAAUGAGUUAGCUAGCUGA